GAGGCUUCCAAGACAUAUGCAGUGGAAAAGCUGAGUAUAGUAUGUUCUUUCAGACAAAGCUGUCGUCUUCUUCAAAGGAAGUUCCCUGGGUUUUAUGAUAACUCAUGUGGAAAUAGCACAAUUAGCUCUCCCCGUGAUUUCACCUCCGCUCACAUGCUGUACCUCCGGAAUGCCCAAAAGAUCAAUGUUCGAAGGCAAUGGGCACUAGAAGAGACUUCCGUUGUUUAUCAUGGUGCUCCUGAAGUCUUCUGGGGUUGACAGAUGCUGCUCCAGAAGGUUAAUAAGAUGAAGAAAGCUCCUCCAGCUGGACCGUAAGAGGGAUUAUGUCUGAGCAGCAGAUAAACAGAUUAUUCCAGAAACAGACACUGCUUUUUUUUAAAACUUCGUCACUCUUGUCUUACCACUCCAGUCCCCCAGGCUAGAAGUGUGUGCGUUGGAGGGGUUUGUCCAGCUCUUGCAUUCUGGCACCUGUUGCAUGCACUCUUUGCUUAGUUGCAAUUCAAUGCAGUCCAAGGCUGGGGACACCUGAAAAAUAAUAAGAGGGAAGACAUUUGGGGAUUUUAGUUCUUUAAGAAAACAAAAUUCUUCUACUUGACCUAAGUAUUGUUAUUUCCUGCAUGAUUGAUCUUGAAAACUGUGAAUGAUCAAUAGACAGCAUGCAUUUGAAAACUGGAUUAAUAUUCUUGAUCAUUUGCCUUGCUCUCCAAGUUCAGGGAAGCAGAGAAAUCCCUAAUAAAAUAAACCGCAGUGAAGCCAAACAUCUUGCAGAUGCUUCAGGGUCAGACAAAACAGAAAGAACAACAAAAAGGUCCAGAGUAUCAACCAUAAGGCGGAUAUUUGACAUGGCAAAACACCGAACAAAGAGGUCAUCCUUUUUCUCAACUGGUGUGAAAGUUUGCCCACAAGAAUCAGUGAAGCAGAUUUUAGCCAGUCACCAAGCUUACUAUAGAUUAAGAGUCUGCCAGGAAGCUGUGUGGGAAGCCUUUCGUAUUUUUCUGGAUCGGAUUCCUGACACUUCUGAAUAUCAGAACUGGGUUACUGCCUGCCAGAGGGAAACUUUCUGCAUAUUUGAUAUUGGCAAAAACUUCAGCAAUUCCCAAGAGCACCUGGAAAUAAUCCAACGGCGAGUAAAACAUAGAACCUUCCAGGAAAGGAAAGAUGAAAUAUCCACAGAGAAAACAGGUGGCAAAAAGCAGGAAGACAUUCCUUCCAUUUCUACAGGCUCCCCUGGCACAUCCUUCUCUCCAUAUGCACCAGUACCUAAUGGCACACUGCUCAACGAAAUUGUUAACGACACGAAGACUCCUGUGAAGGAGCUGGGAACAAACACAGUCCCAGAACUGCCUGUGGAGCAAAUGGUAGAAUUCAGUGUCACUCUCACUGAUCAGGAGUACACAGCUGAACUUAAUGAUCCCAACUCCCCACAGUACCGACAACUAGCUGCCAAAUUUCAGCUACAGAUGCAAAAAAUAUUCGAGAAACUUCCAGGAUUCAAAGAAAUCCAUGUAUUAGGAUUUAAACAGAAGAAGGAGAAAGAUGGAUCAAGCAGCACUAUAGCACGAUAUGUGGUAAACUUUGAGAGAGAUGGCUCAGAAACCAAAAGCACAGCAGAUGACAUCUCAACUAUUGGAUCUAAUAAGGUUGAAAAUGAAAAAAUUCCACUUUCUCCAAAGGAAGAAAGGGAGAUACCAGCAACUAAACUGACAGUAACAGACCUUCAGCAACUGGUUGCCAUAGCACUCCACGAAGACCAGUCCCUGCCAAUGGACCUUGGAACACUUCAGUUUACUGAUGAAUCUGUUAUACCACCUAGUGAUUUUGAUAAUGAUAUCCAGGCCAUGGUCACUAUUCCUCUGGCAGGCCCUGAUUUGGAGGACUCCUUGAGUGUGGAACUCCCACUAGGUUACCCCAGCCCAGCAACAGUGGACCGAACAGGAGACAUCUUGGUCGAUGAAUUUACAACUGGAAUCCCUGUGCUAAGUGGAGACAUUGAUGCCCCUGAAGACUUUAAUAAUUUUGUUUCAUCUGAACCUAUGUUCCCUACCAAACCCUCCAGAGAACCAUUUCAGGACAAAUCUCCUCCAGACACAGAAGAUAUCACUACUGGCCACCAAAGUUUCACAGUGCCUUUUGAUGCUCUGGGUAGCACUAGCAGUCCUCCAAAACCAGAGGAUUCCUAUUUGCCUCCUCCAGCAGAUGAUUCUGCUAGCAAUGACUUAAUCACCAAUGGCUAUGAGUCUCCAAUGGAGCAGGCUACCACACUGGCAGUUUAUACCACAGGUAGCUUUACUCCACUUAAUUUCCUGCAAGCUGGAGAUGAGCAUAGUGAAGCUGAGGAGAAGAAAGAACUGACUGAUAUAACAGAACCACCUUUCAAGGAAGCUGAUCAAGAUAGCCUGUCUGGACAAGCAGUUAAGAUCAUGGAUGAACCAGAAUCAUCAGGCGAUGACAUUUUAGUUACAGCCAGCACUUACGAAACGUUGCCUUUCUUUAUUGGUUCAAGUGAUCUCUCUACCACGCAGCCUGAAGAUGUUAUUACAGACGUGCUACCAUCAGACCAAAGAGCACCGCUGCCUGCGGCAACCAGCCCAUCCUACAGCCGUUCGGAGAUCAUCGAACAGUCCCUUGAAGUCCCAGAUUCCUCAGUGCCCGCCUCUGAGAGCGUUACGCCCGAUGGCACCGGGACAGGAGUGCAGGACAUUGCUGCCGAGUUAGAUCACGUCGGUGCGAUGAGCACAGCAGCACUGGAGGAAGCGGAGCACGGCAGCGGUUAUAUCUCAGUGCUGACAACUGAGCCUGCAGAAGCCACCCCAGCUCCUACGCUGAAGUAUGUAACUACCAGCUCCAUGACAACCGCAGCCAAAGGCAAAGAGCUAGUAGUUUUCUUCAGCCUGAGGGUAACCAACAUGCACUUUUCUGAUGACCUCUUCAAUAGGAGUUCGACAGAAUACAAAGCACUAGAACAACAGUUCAUGCAAUUGCUACUUCCAUACCUUCAGUCCAACCUUACAGGUUUUAAGCACCUGGAAAUACUUAACUUCAGGAACGGAAGUGUGAUUGUGAACAGCAAAAUGAAAUUUGCCAGGACAGUGCCAUACAAUAUCACAGAAGCAGUACACUGUGUUUUGGAAGAUUUCUGUGAUGCUGCAGCCCAACACCUCAAUUUGGAGAUCGACAGCUAUUCCCUGGAUAUUGAGCCAGCUGAUCAGGCAGACCCAUGCAAAUUCAUGGCAUGUGACGAGUUUUCCGAAUGCAUAAUGAACGAGUGGACAAAAGAGGCUGACUGCCUUUGUAAACCUGGUUACGCAAGCCAAGACGGAUUACCCUGUCGGAGCCUGUGUGAGCUGGAACCGCAUCUUUGUGUCAAUGGUGGGAAAUGCCAGUUAGUUCCAGGAAGAGGAGCUGUCUGCAGAUGCCCUGCACGUAGACACGAGCUUUACCACGGACAGCGCUGUGCAAAAUUUGCUCCAGAACCCAUACAACCCUUCAUUUUUAAACCUCUCAUUCUUGGCUUACUAAGCCUCGUUUUUCUUCUCAUCAUUUUAAUUAUUAAGUUAAGAAGAAAAAGCAAAAGAAACUCUGAUUUGCAAAGUCCUACUCUCAACAGCUGCAAUUCAGAAAAUGCUGUAAGGAUUAAUCCUGCUUUUGAACAUGAUGAACCCAUAACUAGCUUUUGUCAUAUGGCUUGUAGUGUAAGUGCUUGUGUCAGUUCCUCAAGGAUCAUUGAUCACGAAGCAUUACACGAACUUGAAAACACAAUUCAGCGUGGAGGUAAAAUGCAUGGAAAUCCUUUUCUUACCCCUCAACAAACAGUCCCACCUCAAAUAGCAGGUCCAUCUUCAUGUAUUAACUCUACAACUAAAUCAAAUUUGACUCUCAUCUCUUGCUGCGCAAUUUCAGAACUAAAAAUACUAAUUCAUUUAUUUACGUUCCACAUUUACUGCUGUGUAGGUUUCAUAACAGGACUGUAGAACUGCUUUUCUUACAGCUCUCUUGCAUGGCUUUGGUGGUCCAUCCCAUCUGAGUGCUUCUUGUGAUUUACUGAAAUAAUUAAUCCUGUCUUUUG